AUGGCGUCCCUCCACUCGAUGGCGCCCCUCCACACCAUCCCGGUGGCCAAGCGCCCCCCGGCCCCGCUCCUCCAGCGCGUCCGCGCCGCGGCGUUCUUCCUGAUCUUCAACUUUGGCUGCCUGAUGGUGAACGGCGCGCAGUUCGCGUUCCUGCUCCCCCUGCGCAUCGCGUACGGCGUGCUGGGCGUGUUCGGCCUCGGGAAGCGCCUGGAACGUGCCUACAAGGACGGCGUGCGGUACACGAAGGGGGGAUUUGGGUGCUUGCUUGUGCUGAUGUGCCAGUGGUUCGCGCCGUCGACGAUCCGGGUGACGUUUGAGAAGGAGGGGAUGGGCUGGUUCACGGAUCUGGAUGUCGUGAGGCGCGAUGAGCAGGGGAAUAUCGAUUACUUGGACCUGCCUCAGCGCUUCGUGCUCAUCGGUAAUCAUCAGGUCUACCUUGAUUGGUGGUACAUGUGGUGCCUCACGUACUUCAUCGGCCCGAAAGGCGUACACAAGAACGUGUAUAUCACGCUCAAGAACAGCCUGAAAUGGCUCCCUGUCGUCGGCUGGGGCAUGCAGUUCUUUUCCUUCAUCUUCCUUGCGCGUUCAUGGGCUGCCGACCGUGCGCAGCUGGCGUCAAGUCUGUCGCGCCUCGGCAUGGAGGCUGAAGAGGAGGACAACCCACUUGCAUUCAUUUUGUACCCUGAGGGCACGCUCGUUAGCGACCAGACGCGUCCCAUAAGCAAGAAGUACGCGGACAAGCUAGGGAUCACCGACAUGUCGCAUACACUCCUUCCGCGCUCUACUGGCUUGCACUAUAGCCUGCGUUCCCUUGCACCGCGGAUACCCAACUUGAAGCUGCUUGAUGUUACGAUAGUAUACCCAGGCAUACCACCCAUGGGCUACGGACAGGACUACUACACCAUGCGCUCAGUGUUCUUGGAUGGCGUCUACCCACCACUGAUCCACAUGCAUAUGCGCAUGUUCGACGUCGCUACUGAGGUGCCCAUUGGCGACCUCAGCGCUACGAGAGCGAACGUGGUUCCUCCGAGCGGGAACCCAGGCAAGGGCAAGAGCACGGUCGAGGUCGACAUUCCGGAAGCGGAGAAGGCGGUGUUUGACGCAUGGUUGCGCCGGUUGUGGACGGAGAAGGAUACCACCAUAGAGUCCUUCCACAAGAACGGCGCAACGGGACACGCGUCGGAGGGAAAGGGGCCGGAUGUGGGCGUCGACCUGCAAUUGCGGCUCAAGCGGGCGAGGGAGUACUUGGACGCGUUUUGCUUCCUGCUUCCGGCUGGUGUCGUGUAUCUGCUGGGGAAGGCGAGGUCAUAA